AGCGGAUGGGGCGGAUGUUGAAAAGUGGAGACCUGAGCGAUGUGCAGUUCUCCGUAGGGCGAGAUUUCGGACCCCCGAAGAACUUCAGUGCUCACAAGUUCGUGCUAAGCAGUGCCAGCGAUGUCUUUUACACUAUGUUCAACGGGAGUCUGCCUGAGAAGUGCGACGUCCCUAUCGUUCUUCCGGAUAUACCUCCGGAAGGCUUCGAAAAAUGCUUCAAUAUAUCUAUGCCGAUAACGAAAACGUGACCGUGGAGGAUGUAUUUCCAGCGUUGAAGUGCGCCGAUAAAUACGACCUGCCACUGCUGGCCGAC